GCAGCUCUGGAGUAUAUUAAAGCCUCGUCGUGUCUCAAAGAGGUGCAUACUGUUAUGUCUGACGUUCGGGCGUGAAGCGAUAACUAUGGGGGAAAGUUACCAGUACCCCGUUUAUUUCCAGUGCCGGACGCUUCUUGUGGGAAAGAACAGAAAUAAAACUGAGCGCUACUUCCGUGUUCAAAGACACUCCGGCGGAGGAGAAUGCGGACCAUUGACAACAGUGGCUGACAACGUCUACAGCAUAGCGUUCAGAAAUCAGAAAGAUCAACAGGAAGUGUUGAAGAGAUCUAAGCAUGAAGUUGAGCUCACUGAUGGUCGUCUGGUGUUCACUGUCAGGGCCAACUUGUCACCUCCCAGCUCGUCACAUGAUAUCACCGCUGCAGAGCCAGCAGAGGACCAGCAGUCCAUUCCUGAGAUAACUGCCCCACUGAGUGGCAAUGAAGUUGAAGAACAACCAGAAGAACACAAACUUCCUGCGCUGAAGGACUCCCAUGAUGCUGAGGAACUGCUCGCCUCUGGGUUUUACCCUGCUGAGCAUUACCAAAAGGAGGAAGAGACUUUAGUGAGGAGAUUAUCUCAAACUGACGCUGUGGGUGAAGUUAGUUACUGGAGAGGAGAGGAAGACCAACAGUGUGGUGGGACUCCAGACCUCUCUCAUAAAGACCUACAUGAGGUUGCAGCACAGCACUACAAAGAUGAAGUCAGCAGAGCAAGGACAGCCGUUGUGGCAGGUGCUCUGGUGAAAACAGAGAUGUUAGAUAUGGAGGAUAAGCCAUGUUUAGUUGAGCGUUUGGGAACUUUGUAUUUGGCUGAAAAACCUGCAGUAGCCACUUAUGACCUUACUGAUGAUCUUCAAUUGAUGGUGUAUCAGGAAGACAUCACCACGUUUGGGGCUGACGCCCUGGUGAACUCCUCCAAUGAGGAUCUGAAUCAUUGUGAAGGCAUUGCUGCUGCUCUGACUCAGGCUGGCGGUCCUGACGUCCAGUUUGAGAUCGAUUCUUUAAGGAAAGGUAAAGGACAAAUCCCUACCGGUGAAGUUGUAGUGACCAUUGGGGGUAAUUUACCUUGCAAAAGACUGCUGCAUGCUGUUGGACCUGUGGCUGGAAAAGCAGCUGGUGAGGAGAGGGUGUUACUGGAAAGAACUGUUCGGAGUGCUCUGAAUUUGGCAGAAUUGAUGAAAUUUAAGACCAUCGCCAUGCCGUGUAUCGGCUCAGGAGUGUUUGGCAUUCCCGUCACAGUUUGCUCUGACGCCAUUGUGUGUGCUGUCAAGGAAUUCUGUAACCAGGGUGGGAAAAGUCUUAAGACAAUUUCACUGAUAGAUGACAGAGGAGAGGUGGUGAGGGCCUUGCAAGAAGCAUGCGACAGGCAUUUUCUGGGGCAAAGUGCUGCCCACCCUACAGAACACAAAGAUUCACUUGAAAGGGAGUUUGGUUCUGAUGGACAAAAUGCAGCCACAGCCGGAGCUCCCAAAGGCCUUGUCCAGGUCGAGAUUGUUCAGGGGACCAUUGAAAGCCAGCAGACAGAUGCAGUGGUAUCUCCAAUGGUCUUCAACGAUCCUCUGUCUACUCGUGUUGGAAACGUUCUCAGUAAAGCAAUUGGUCGUCAUGUGACUCAAAGGGUUGCACAGAAGUCAGAAGAAGGUGAAAUGGGGCCUGGUGACUUCAUACUAGAGGAAAAUUUGACCGGCGUUCCUUUUGGUGCCGUGUUCUUCCUCAACCUUGUUCAGUGGGAUGAAGAAGACGAUGGAACCGCGGUUCAGGUUCUCCGUCUGGGCAUCAACCAAAUUCUGACUUCCUGCGAGAGCAAAGGGUUCGGAUCUGUAGCCCUACCUGCACUUGGGGCUGGCAUUGCUCUGCGUUUUCCAGACCCUCUGGUAGCCAGAGUUUUACUGGAGGAGAUCUCUAAAUUUGAACAGGAGAGAACCACCAGCACACCAGUUCAAGUUCUCCUUGUUCUACCAGAUCCAGAGGCUAUAGAGGUCUUCAAAUCUGUCCAAGAAGACCUAAAGUACAACAGAUGUACUGAAAAUGAUCUGGAGCGUGAUCGACAUCAGGACUCCAGUCCAACGAGGAUCGUUCUGCUGGGGAAAACUGGAGUUGGGAAAAGCCACCUAGCCAACACCAUCCUGGGGGAGGAACUUUUUACUUUAUACCAUUCUCCUAACUCAGGCACACAUACAUGUCAAUCAGAGACCAGAACAGUCAGUGGGAGGAGCCUCACUCUGAUCGACACGCCUGGUUUCUUCGACACCGACAAGUCGAAAGAGGAGCUGAAGCCGGAGAUAAUGAGUUGCCUCACGGAGUGCGCACCUGGACCGCACAUCUUUCUCAUUUUACUUAGAGUUGACAGAUUCACCAAGCAAGAGCAACAGCUUAUCACUGAACUAUGCGAUAUUUUCUCAGAGGAUGCUCUGAAAUAUGCUGUAAUCGUGUUCACUCACGGCGAGCAGCUCAAAGAAGGGAUGAAAAUCGAAGAGUUUGUCAGACAGAAUGAGGAUCUGAGUAAUCUUGUGAAGAAGUGUGGAGGUCGGUGCCACGUGUUUGAUAAUAAACACUGGAGCGGAGACAGGCAAGAUGGCUACAGGAACAACCAGGUCCAGUUAGAGGUAUUCCUUCAGACAGUAGACAGGAUGAUGGUGGAAAAAAACGGAUCCUACUACACCAAUGACGUUCUGCGGCACGUAGAAGAAAGGAUCCAGAAGCAAGAAAAGCAGAUUUCUAGAGAGAUGGCAGUGUACUUACCCCCACAGGAGAUCAGGAAGCAGGCUAAAACUUUCGUGUCUAAUGAAUUUCUGAUCCAGUUAGCGGGUACUACCACCGGUGUUUUGUUGGGGGCAUUUUUUGGAGUGGCAGCGCUAUUGGAAGUUGUAAUGAAAGUUGUGAAAAAUCCCACUGAAGUGAUGAAGCGCGUGAAAACCUUAACUACGAUGGCACCCGCAGCGGCUGCAGUGGGAGGCGAGGUGGCAGUCGUGGCUGCCGGAGUGGUGGCAGGCGUCACCACAUUAACUGCAGCUGCCGCGGGAGGAGUACGAGGCAGUGUUAUUGGUCAGAAAGCAUGUAAGGAAGCGAAAACUCCGAUGGAGGCAAUUGAGAAGAGUUAUGAAGCUGUUAUGAAGGAAAGAAGUACAUUUAGGAUGCUUCCACAAAAUUAAGCGUGCGUUCACACCGGCUCUUGUUUAGUCCACUUUAAUCCGACUGUACUUUGUUUAUCUAGAGAGCCUGGUCUGUUUGGGGAGGUGCGAGUGCACAAUUGAACUGUGGUCCGCCUAAAAACCCAGGUCUUGGUUUGGUUGAAGUGAACUCUGGCGCAGACCAAAGAUGGCUCCAAAAGCAGGAAGCAAAUUAUAUCGCAGGGCAUUCUGGGUCAGCAGAACAAAAACAAAUGGGCAAGUACAAGGAGAAAUCCCUCAAGGUCUUUUACCAGAAAUAAAAGAGAAAUCCUACAACAACUAAAAUCUGAUGCCACUCCAUUUUGGUUUACAUUUUGUGAAGAAUGUAGGUGCACUGGUUUUCUUCUAAGGUUUUUGUGCCGUUUCUUUCAGUGGCUCUUGGUGUAGCGCCACCAACCAGUGCUGAUGAGAGAUAACAUUAUAUUUUUAGAACAAACGCAGCACAAACACCUGGUUUGUGAAUUUCUACUCUUAGCCUGUAUUGGUGAGCUUUGAGCACUAGGGGGCAUCCUCAGUUUUUUUUUUUUACUUUUUUAAAAAAUUCCUGCUUUUGUAAUGGUGCUUUACAAAGACUACAACCGCUUUUUCUAAAUACUCUAAUUGUUGAUGCACUUUUGGUGAUAGUAUUACUUGUAUUAACUGGACAUUCUUUUAAAGACGGACAGGGUUUAUUGUUGCUGUUACUUUGGUGGAAGAUAUUAUUUAACUUCUUUGUAAAAAUGACACUUGGUGUAAGUUCUCUCGCCUAAUUUACUAGUGAGUAAUUCAAGCUGCUGACUUGGUGUUUUUGCACAUUUAUUCUAUGUUUGUUGACUUUGACAAAGUAACACACCUUUUAAGGUAUUUGAAUAAAGUUUCUCAAAAAUAAAAGCAUACCAUGCGCCUGCUUCACUGUUUAACUACAAUCAAUAUUGAAGGUACUUUUUGUCUCAUAAUGUCUUUUAAGCUUAUUUACUUCUUAAGAAGUGUGGUGUUAUUUUUCUGGAAAGGGGAGUUUAAUAUUUCUUUUAUUUAAAUUAAACGUGAGCAGGCUUUCUAAUACUUCAAUGUAAUUGGUGGAAAUAAAUAUAUUGUCUUCUUCCUA